AUGUCGCUCGAAGCCAUUAUCCACGGGACAUUCAUCGAUGCUCCAGCCGCACGAUCUCUCAGAGUUCGCGAGAAUGUUUUUGUAGUCGUUACAAACCACGGUGUGAUUGGGCAGAUAUGUACGGAGGAGUCACAUAUUCGUGAAGAAUUUAGGGGUUUACAGAUCAUUCAAUUGGAGAAGACGCAGGCUAUUGUGCCUGGACUGGUUGAUUUGCAUAUUCAUGCUCCACAGUUCAAGCAAUUGGGCACGAAGACGGAUAUACCAUUGAUGGAAUGGCUUCAAAAAUACACCUUCCCCGCUGAAUCCGCCUUCUCAUCCCCAGCCCACGCCUCGAACGUCUACCCAAAGCUUCUUUCCCACCUAAUUAAAAACGGUACAACCACAGCAGUUCUCUAUGGUUCAAACCAUCUAUCUGCGACGAAGAUACUAGCAGAGUCAUGUGACAAAGCCGGUAUUCGUGCUUUUGUGGGGAAAACUUGUGCGGAUAUGUUGACGCCUGAGUAUUAUGUUGAAACGACGGAGGGGAGUUUGAAGGAUACGGAGGAGUUUGUGAAGUGGUGUUUUGAGAAGUGGGGGAGUGGAAGGGAGGGGAAGAUUAGGCCCGUUGUUACGCCUAGGUUUAUCCCAACUUGUUCUAAAGAGCUCUUGAAGGGAUUGGGAGACAUUGCACAAAAGUACGAUUGCUUUGUGCAGAGCCAUGCGGCAGAGUCUGUUGAUGAGGAAGCGCUUGUUGAGAGUCAACAUCCCGGUCAAAGAGAUGUGGAGAUAUAUCAAGAAUCGGGCUUGCUAGGUAACAAAACGAUUCUGGCUCAUUGCUGUAGGCUGAAAGAUUCCGAAGCUGGAGUGAUGGAGAAAGUUGGUGCAACGGUAGUCAGUUGUCCAUGGUCAAAUAUUCUCUUCGCCCGUGCUACGGUUCCAAUACCGCAUUACAACUAUUCAUUUCCAAAUCUCAAAAUCGGAUUGGGUACAGAUAUAGCCGGUGGAUUUGGUACCAUGCUAGAUAACAUGCGUACAGCAAUCCUUCAGGAUCGUAUCGACUCCUUUGCCACCGUCAACCGGUCAAACAUCACCACCGACUUGGAUAUUAAAAAGGAAAAAUGGACCGUAGAUUUCAAAUAUGCUUUUCACCUUGCUACGGCGAGUGGUGCGAAGGCACUGGGGAUGGAGGAUAUGAUAGGAACAUUUGAAGAAGGAAUGAGGUUUGAUGCUUUACAAUUAGAUUUGGGACUUGAUGGAGAAAAUGGGGAGCAUGCGAAGGCGAUGCGGUUUACGAGGUUUGGGGAUGAGAGUGUGGAAGAAUUGUUUGAGAAGUGGGUUACUACUGGGGAUGAUAGGAAUGUAGUGAAGGUUUGGGUCGAUGGGGUCGAUGUUUCGUGA